AUGGCGUAUACGUUCGUUCUUACAAUACCACCACAGAAGCCUACCAUAAUAGACGAAAAAGGCAAAGAAAUAUUAUCCGUUGCUGGUCCAUACGAUGAAGGUGGCGACAUAAAACUUACCUGUAUAGUGAGUGGAGGAAAACCCGAACCUACCAUAAGAUGGUGGCGAGGUGAGAAACUCAUCGAUUCUGUCGAUACAAGAAGUGGAUUUGUGAGCGUUCGUUCCAAUCAGCUCGUUAUUAAAAGUCUUAAAAGGUCUGAUCAGCAUGCAGUAUUUAUUUGUCAAGCAUCCAAUAACAACUUUAGCCAACCUGUGUCUGCUUCAAUCACCCUGGAAAUUUAUUUUCGACCUUUGAUAGUGGAAAUAUUGAGCAGCAACCAGCCUUUUUCUGCGGAUAGAAAGUACGAGAUACCUUGCCAAACCUAUGGAUCUCGACCUCCAGCUAAAAUUUCGUGGUGGAUGGAAAACAAAGAACUGAAAUCGUACACGUUCAACCACACUCAAACGAAUUCGGCUGAUGGAAACAUGAGCACGUCUCUUCUUACGUUCACGCCGACGAGGUUAGACAAUGGAAAGGCAUUAACGUGUAGGGCGACGAAUCAAUUAGUACAAGGUGGUGUUGAAGAGACAACAAUCAAGCUAAACGUAUUUUAUGUACCGAUCCUGCAUCUAACCUUGGGAUCAAAUCUCAACCCCGACGACAUUGAAGAGGGUGAUGAUGUUUACUUCGAAUGUAAAGUCAACGCCAAUCCCUGGGCAUAUAAAGUAUUGUGGAAGCAUAACGGUCAAAUUAUGCAACCGAACCAAAAGAAAAUUAUAAUGAGCAACAGUGAUCUCGCAUUGCAAGGAAUUUCUAGAAACCAAGCUGGAAAUUAUUCAUGUACAGCUUCCAAUGUCGAAGGGGAUGGAGAUAGUAACGUUGUCGAAUUAAAAGUGAUGUAUAAACCUGUCUGUCGACCCAACCUAAAGCCGGUCUAUGGGGUCGCAAGACACGAAAACGCACACAUUCUGUGCGAAGUUGAAUCUUACCCACCCCCGGAUAGCUUUAAGUGGUCGUUCAACAAUACGGCAAAUACUGUGGACGUCCCGCAGAGUCGCUUUCAGUCCGGACCGCAUCACUCCUCCUCCACCCUAACCUACACCCCGGUAACCGAGUUAGAUUACGGCACCGUAAUGUGUUGGGCCAACAACCUUGCAGGACGUCAACAGGAACCUUGCGUGUUUCACAUUUUAGCCGCCAGCAAGCCGGACCCUCCUUUCAAUUGUAGCAUACUAAACCAAACCUCAGAGUCGUUAGAGGUACAAUGUAUAGAGGGGUUUGACGGCGGACAACCCCAAUAUUUUCUACUGGAAGUGUAUGAUCAACAGAACGGGUUUCUAUUAGGAAAUAUUUCCGCAAAGUUCGCCGUAUUUAACGUUAGCGGAUUGGACUCCGGAAGAAAUCUCAAGAUGGUUGUUUAUGCUGCCAACUCUAAAGGAAGGAGCGAGUCUGUUCUAUUGGAGGGAUUUACGCUAAAAGUGGCGGAAAAACAAACAGUCUUAUCCUUGGGAACAAGCGAUCAAAUUGAAAUUGCACCAAUGCUGGGUAUCUUGAUAGGGAUCGUGACUGCUUUACUACUCGUAUCGGUGGUAAUCUUAGGAGUUGUUAAAAUCCGCUCAUCUCAAGGGGAAGGAUCUCAUAUUCUCAGACCAGGAUUUCUACCCGUAAAAGAGAAAGUUACUCUGCCAUUACGAUCGGAGUCAGAAGACCUCUUCGAAAAGGACGAUAAAAAUCCCGACGUAGUGCCCGCUAACAAAGAUUCCGACUACCAAUUGGGGUCAGCCGCACAAACGCCAGGGUUAAAUAAUUCAGUGAUAUCCGCAGAGUAUGAAGGUUCAGGUCAACAUAUUACACCCUUGACUGAAGCUUACAUAACCAGGGAUCGGGCGUAUGCUCCGCAGCCAGUAUCGAAUGAAGUAACCUACGCCGAACUGUCAAUCACACGUCCCAAUUCGUUGGAACCUAUCAAGAAUGGCGUUAAUCAAUAUGGAAGUUUGCAGCGAAGAGAUGAACCUACAAUAUAUGCACAAAUAGAUCAUAGUAGGCGACCACCUCCGGCACCAGUUAAGACGUCAAUCACUUCACCUAUUAUAUCACCUGUUUCGACUCUGUUUCCUACAGCCAAACCUAGUUUAUAUCAUAGAGAAGUUGUCACAGUUAGAACGCCGCUGAUGGGUUGUCAACAAGAAAGUUGUGUUUAGAUUAGAUAGUAGAAAUACCGAAUAAAUAACUUCCUGAAAGGCAUUUAGAUUGUACUUCGUAUAAUGUUUUCUAAAAAAAAUGGACAAUAAAUAAUGAAUAAUUCUAGCUAUGUAAAUAAAAAUGAAAUAAAUCAAUUUUUACGGAUACAGACAACGUACUAUAAGGCAUAUCUUGUAAAAUAUUUUACCAUAUCCUUAAAACUCAUUUGGGAAAAGUUGAGUUUAACAAAAUUAGUUAACAACAUCAUAUCUAAAAAUAUCAGAAUUUGUAAAUUCUUUGGAGAGAUGUCACUUCUAUUUUACCUAUCCACUUUUAAUGUACAGAACAAGCUCUAUCGUUACAAACGAUUGUAUUUCCUUCUAGUCUAUUUUUGCGUAUUAUUUAAUAAUGUUAAAGAAAGAUCCUAUGUAAAUAGAACAAAUAUAUUAUAUUUAAGGGCUAUUGUGAAUGGAAGUGUGAUAAAUGAAUGAGGUCGUAGCACGAGAAUUGUACACUUUGUAUAUACACAAGUUUAAAACCGUUAAAUUAAAUUAAUAAAUGUGAUAUCAUAUGCUUCAACCAGAACGAUGACAAAAAUUAUAUAAAUCAAUUCGUGUUUGAAAAUCACCGGGUUUACAUGUGCAUCAUUUCUUUGUAAACUCUGUGAGUGAAAUAAGAAUAUUAUUGUAACUUAGAGUAAUCUUUGGAAACCAUUCUUGUUGUACUUUAUCGUGUCUUUUGAAUAUAAUUUCUAAAAUAUCUUGA